AUGGUGCCACUGAUGAAGGUUAGUGCCACUGAAAAGGAGCACAAGUUUCUCAUGAACUUCAAGACCUCCAAAGAGAAGGUCCUCGAGCAAGAGCCCGAGAUCCUCUCAUGUUGCACCACUGCCUCUCCACUCUCUCCUAAGCUCUUCAUCGCUUGCACCCCGCUCCUCCUUGGUGUGAUGUUUAUUUCUAUGUACACAUCGCUGUUGGAUCAGGCGAGGACCACUGCAGUCUUUAUUUGUACCGAAUACACAAUAACUUGA